AGAUAUAAAAGGGACUAUGAGGGCAGAAGAACCCAAGGAAGGAGGAGGAGAAAAAGUUUGUUAUGGAGGAGUCGAAGGGAGUUGUGAAGCACGUAUUGCUGGCCAGGUUCAAAGAUGGCGUCCCACCUGACCAGAUUGACCAACUCAUCAAGGGCUAUGCCAAUCUUGUCUCCCUCAUCGAACCCAUGAAAGCUUUCAAUUGGGGCAUGGAUGUGAGCAUUGAGAACCUGCAUCAAGGCUUCACUCAUGUGUUUGAAUCAACCUUUGAAAGCACGGAAGGCGUAGCGGAGUAUAUUUCCCAUCCAGCUCAUGUCGAAUUUGCCGAUCUGUUCCUCUCUAAUUUGGAUAAAGUCCUCGUAGUUGACUAUAAACCCACUACAGUCCCUAUUUGAAUAAAAAAGGGUGAUGCUAUUUAUGUAUUGUAUCUCAGAAUUUAUUUUCCCUUAGCAGAAGUAUGUUGUGUGUAUGGCACAUUUGAAUCUGCUUUAUGGAAUGUUUUCUUUUGGACAAGAAUUGCAAACUUAUCCGUUCUGUA